ACACACACUACGCAUAUAAAUUGUACAAUUUCAAUGUUGCACAUAAAAAACCCUCUCUCUCUCUACAUUAGUACGCAAUACACAUACAUACCUGCAGGUCCUGCACUGAUAAAUCUCUAAUUUGUAGGGUUUUUGUGUCUCUGCGACCCCACCAGUCGCUUGUUCAGUGGGAUCUUCUAAGACCUUGGCAAGAGACUACUGGAUCUCCUGGAUUACUAAUGGAUCGGCAGCCUCAUGAUUAUGGGCCUCCUAUGACAUAUGGGCAGCAGCAGCAAGCGACUAAUAUGCAACAGCAACAACAAUAUGGUUAUCAUCCACAACAUCAACAAUUUCCUCCAUCUGUCCAUGGUCCUCCAUUUUUGCCCCCUCAUCCUUCCCUUCAACAGUUUCCCUACCCCCGUCCAAUGCAACAAGCCCAACUCUAUCCACAUUUACCUCCCCAUCCUCACCUUCAUCAACAGUCACAAGCUUCUUUCCCUCAGCAUGUGCCCCCACAUCUUGCUCCAUCACCUUUCCAUAGUCCAUAUGAGUCUGCACCCCCCCCUGCGCCACCGCCAUCUGAUCCCGAACUUCAAAAGCGUAUUGAUAAGUUGGUUGAAUAUGCUGUCAAGAACGGUCCGGAGUUUGAAGCUGUGGUCCGCGAAAGAGAGCAAGAUAAUCCUGCUUAUGGUUUCCUUUUUGGUGGUGAAGGGCAUAAUUACUACCGCUAUAAGCUUUGGAUGGCAACAAGACCCCUCAUGGGUCCUUUCAGCCCUCCUUUCCCAUCUUCAAUGCCCGUGAUGCAUCCUCCCAACCCCAUGUUGAAUUCAGCACCUCAUAAUGCUCCGAAUGCUGCUGCAGUUUCUCCUUCAGUACUCGGUUCUGCUCACCUCCAGCAACCUCCAUUUCCGCCGUUCUAUGAGCAGCAGCACCCUCAUCACUCUCAGCCAUUGGUUGGUCAUAGCCGUCCUGAAUUUGAUCAACCUUACAGACCUUUCAAAGGUCUAUCUAGACCGCUUCCAUCUGAUGUUGAGAUGGAGCUGAAUGGUGUUCUCAACAAUCUUACUGGUACAAAGGAGUCAAUUAAAGGUGCCAAGACUUGGUUUAUGCAGAGGUCUCCUUUUGUACCUGCCCUGGCUGAGGCACUCCGAGAUAGGGUGUUUUCCCUAGACGAUUCUGAGAGACAGCUGCAUAUAGUAUACCUUGCCAAUGAUAUUCUAUUUGACAGCUUGCAGAGGCGAAUCAACCCUCAAGAGCUUGAUAAUGAGGCGCUUGCCUUUAAGCCAGUUUUGGGUUCUAUGCUGGGAAGGAUAUACCACAACCCGCAGAACAAAGAGGAAAACCAGUCACGUCUUCAGAAAAUCUUACAAUUCUGGGCCACAAAGGAAGUGUAUGAUCAAGAUACCAUCUUCUCGCUUGAAAAUGAGAUGAUGAGUGGGAUGCCACCAAAUCCUUUUCCAGGUCCUCAUGCAGGUGCAGCUGCUGUGGCAGGAGAUCAUUCUGCUGGCCCAGGACCGCACCAGGUGGCGAACCAUAACUCAUGGCAGCCUGAUAAGCACAACUCCAUUUCAAAUACACCGGAUCAAGAAUAUGCAGAAAAACAAGCUCCUUCAGUAUCAUCUCUGCCAGCCCAGCAAUUUCAUCCCAGUUCAAUUCCUCCCAGUGGGUUUACUGGAUCGUUGCCUGUGCCUUCCGCUGUUCAACCAUCAAAUCUACAAACGGCACCUACUCCCGGCAAAGUUGGUGAAAAACUUCCCCCUUACCCUUUGUUUCCACCUGGUCUUAUUCCAGGUAUGGUCAGAAAGAUGCAGAUUGGUAGUGGGGUGCCUUACUCUCCAAUGAGCCCUCUGGAUAUUCCCACUGUGAUUCCACCAUCAAAUGUAUCACAGUCAGAAAUUCUCGAGAGAGUGUCAAAAUUCUUUAGAGAGAUAGGAGAGGUUAACCCAUCUGAAGGACCCAUGAAGUCAUCAGAAUCAAGGGAUGAUGACGACUAUGAAUAUGAAAGAGAGCUUCCAGCCCGUAAGGGAGGAGCUUGCAUCCCUCCACCUCCUAGCCUAAACAUCGACCCAGAUACUGGAACUCUUGCUGAUGGAAGUGUAGAACGAAAACCUGGAUCAAGUAGUUCUGGCAGAUUGGGACUUGGGGCAACGGCUGAUCCAAAUGAGCCGAGUCAAUAUGACGAUGUCUACUCUUCAUACAGAAAACAGAGAAGCACCAAUUACCAUUCAUCUAUGAGUGCAAGAGCUGCAGCAAGGUAAAACAUGAUGCAGUAUUAAAUGUAGGCGGAUGAAUUCACGUUAAAAGAUCCUGAAUUUUCUUUUUAUGUGAGAUACAUUUUGUUGAUCUAUGGAUUUGUAACUUUAUCUGUAUUUUACUUGAUUUAAUCGGUUUGGUAGAACUUUUACCGCCUCUUGCAGACGUUGUGACAAUGAUCAAAUAUGUGAAAAUAUACAAAACUGCUGUGAUACUGCACUGACUAAAAGGUUACCUUUUAGUCGAAAACACUGCCGUUCUUGAAUGUACCAUUGCAGGGGAUUGUUUGUUGUCGUUAA